GGCGAACAAUCAGGUUGGCAGUUAGUUUUCCCGGCCCUGUCCUCUCUCCUUUCUUCUCGUUCUCUAACCAAAAACUCUAAAAUCUUUCCUUCAUCCUCAUAUAGUAUCAGAGCCUUUCUUUCUGUUACUUGCUCGAUCAAUCAAGUCUCUCUGCGAACAGAACCGAUGAACGUAAAAUGAAAGAAAGAGGAUGUGAAGCUUCCACUGUUUUCAUCCAAAAUUUUUCACAUAAUCACUCUCAGCUGAUCUCUUUGGCCGGAGAUGGGGAAGAAAGGAUCAGGUGGUUGGUUCUCAUCAGUGAAGAAAGUGUUCAAAUCAUCUUCUAAUUAUAAGGAAUUACCAGAGAGAAAGAAAGACAAUGUAGAGAAGUGGCAACAUGUGGCUCCGGAGGUCGUGUCACUUGAACAUUUUCCAGCGGAGAGUUCCCCAGAUGUCACUAUUGAAGAGAGCACUGCAUCCAGUCCAGUGACUGAAGAUAGAAAUCAUGCAAUUGCAGUUGCAAUGGCAACUGCUGCGGCUGCAGAAGCUGCUGUUGCAGCUGCACAAGCAGCAGCUAAAGUUGUUCGAUUGGCUGGUUAUGGACGUCAUUCCAAGGAAGAAAGAGCUGCUACUCUUAUACAGUCAUACUACAGGGGCUACCUUGCCAGGCGUGCCUUGCGUGCAUUGAAGGGCCUAGUGAGGCUACAAGCACUGGUGAGGGGCCAUAAUGUACGCAAGCAAGCACAGAUGACAAUGAGGUGUAUGCAGGCACUAGUACGUGUGCAGGCAAGAGUGAGAGCCCGCAGACUUCAACUUGCUCAUGAGAAGCUUGAAAAGAAAGUCGAGGAAGAAGAAGAGUUCGAAGGACGAAGGAGAUCGGUGGAUGGAGUAAAUUAUCCCAAUAGCCCCUUAAAGAGUUAUGGAAUAGAAGGUUGGCAUAACAGGCGUCAAAGUUCUGAAAGAAUCAAGGAAAAUGCUUCAAGGAAACAUGAUGCUAUUAUGAAGAAGGAAAGAGCCCUAGCUUAUGCUUAUGCAUAUCAGCAACAGCAGCAGCAUCAACUUAUGCAAUCUGACCCAAUUGGCAUAGAGAAAGGAUUAUAUGCAAAUGAAAGGGAGAAGGUGCAAUGGGGUUGGAAUUGGCUCGAGCGGUGGAUGUCAUCACAACCAUACCAUGCACGUCAUUUGGGGCCAAAUGAAGCAUCUUAUAUGGCGCUGACCACCACUUCAACUACCACAGAUGACAUGUCAGAGAAAACAGUAGAGAUGGAUCUGGUAACUCCACCAGGCAUGGGCGACAUCAAUAAUGGCCUACUGGACACCUCUCCAUACCCAGCUAAGCAUCAAAGACAAUCAAGCUUAAACACCCAUGUCCCUAGCUACAUGGCCCCAACCCAAUCUGCUAAGGCCAAGCUACGUAGUCAGGGCACAGGCAGGCAGCGUGGGCCUAAUGUGCCCCAAUGGAACUCAUCCACAAGGAAAGGUUCAAUUGUUGGUUCAGGUUUUGAUUCCUCAAGUUCAGGAGGAGGAACAGGUGUUUACCUGGCUCCAAGGAGCCCAAGCCCGAAGAAUAACGGGAUGCGACACCAGGCUAGACGGAUUGCAGGAUAUAGCCCAGAUUCCAACAGUAUUGGCGAGGAUUGGAGGUUGGCUCCCAUUGAUGGUCAUGAUUGGAGACAUGAUUUUAGUUGCUGAGAGGUAUAUGGAGCUUUUUCUUGUAUAUUUAUACAUAAGUUAUUAUUGAUUGAUGUUUGCAAUUUGUGAUGUUAUGAUUUACCAGUCUCAGAGGCUUGGUAACUAAAUUUGUUUGGGGUCAAGAAUUCAUAUGCGCUAUGUUCAUUUUGAUUAUUAUGCUCAUAUAUUGGCAUUCCUAUUAAUUAAUCAACCAUUCAACUUAAAAGGUCA